AUCAGCAGUUACACAUAUGACAUAGAAUUUGCAUUGGCUUACCUCAGAUGACUGAACAGAACUUCAGAGUAAAGCACGUGAAACCAGCUGAAGAGAGGAGUUUUUUCCCUGGUCAAUUUCAGAUCCUGAAACAAGAAUGUCGACUGCUAUACCCAUAAAUUCUUUUGUCAUCCAGCUGCAACAACCAAUACGAACAACAGCAGUUGGGACUGAAACAAAUGCUCCUGCCCCUGUUUAUAUCCAACAGAUAACAGGACCUUCACUUCUUCAUGGACUUCGGGCAUUUCUUAAAGGCCAACCAAAAGCUCUUGGGACUGUCCAGAUAAUGAUCGGUGUGAUGACUCUCCUGUUUGGCAUUGUGUCUACAGUUCAUGCAGAAUCCAUCUUUGUCUUUAUUGGUGUUCCUUACUGGGGAUCUAUCAUCUACAUUAUUGCAGGCUCACUCUGCAUCGCUGUAGAAAACAAACUUAAUUCGCCCUCCAGUUACUGUUUGGUGAAUGGUUCACUUGGACUGAACAUUGUCAGUGCUGUUACCGCAGGCAUUGGCCUUAUUUUAAUUUCAGUGGAUUUGGCAGGAGGACCAUUCGACACUAACCAGUAUACUUACUGCAACUAUUAUACAUGUUAUUAUGAUACGAGAAAGUAUAAGACUCUCUUUAAGGGAAUCCGUGGUGUGUUGCUGUUAUUCACCUUGCUUCAGUUUAUCAUCUCCAUCUGUCUGUCAGCGUUCGCUUGUAAAGUGUCCUGUUGUCCUCCUCAGGUGCCGUUUUCUCCACAAGUUUUAACUCCACAGUCCUCUGAUUUCAAACCCAAUAAUUUCCAUGAUCUUAACAGUUCAGAGAUACCUGUGGUCAGCAGCUCCUCCAUGAACAACCAUCAUGAAGAACCUCAAUACAGUAAUUGUGAAUAAAUAUUAAUUCUUGAAAGUGGGCAAAGUUUGGUCCUGCAGUUGUGUGAUGGGACUUUUAUGCAACACAUGGGUUUCCCAGCGAUUUCCUGUCCAUUACCUUUAAUGUCUUUUCAUCACUUUAUCAGAUAAUAAUUUGAUUUUUUUUUAAAUGUCUAGACUAAAAGACUAGACAGACUAUUUCAUGAUUUUCUUUCUUUAGUUUCAAGAAAGUUGCAUAAUCAUCAGUGAAACUAGAUAGAUUGUUUUGAACAACUGUAAUUGCUUCAUACCGUAUAAUCUGUAAGAAUAAAGUAUACAGAAGGAAAAA